GCUAGGGGAGGGGCGGGGUCUCGCCGCCUUCUCCAUCCUCGGGCCUGGAGUGGAGAGAUGUUCCCUACUCAGGAAGAGGCCGACAGGACCGUGUUUGUGGGAAAUUUAGAAGCCCGUGUGCGGGAAGAGAUUCUUUACGAGCUGUUCCUUCAGGCUGGGCCAUUAACCAAAGUGACUAUAUGCAAAGACAGAGAAGGAAAGCCGAAGUCUUUUGGAUUUGUCUGCUUUAAACACCCAGAAUCAGUGUCUUAUGCCAUAGCUUUGCUGAAUGGAAUUCGUUUAUAUGGAAGACCAAUUAAUGUGCAGUAUCGAUUUGGGAGUUCUCGUUCUACUGAACCAGCUGAUCAAAGUUUUGAGAGUUGUGUUAAGAUAAAUUCACAUAGCUACAGAAAUGAAGAAGUUGUGGUCAGAUCUUCCUUUCCCAUGCAGUCUUUUCCUACUAAUGCAGCCUUACCUCAAGAAUAUUUUUUCUUUCAGAAGAUGCAAUGGCAUGCAUAUAACCCAGCCCUUCAGCUUCCUUACUAUGAGAUGACCGCACUCCUUCCUAAUAGCACAUCUGUGUCUUCCUCACUAAAUCAUGUUCCAGAUCUGGAGGCCGGACCCAGCUCUUAUGAAUGGACUCACCAACAACCAAAUGACCCUGACCUUUAUCAGAUGAAUAAACAAAAGAGGAAAAAACAAACCAGUGAUAGUGAUAGUAGCACAGAAAACAACAGAGGAAGUGAAUACAGCCAAAAGUUUCGAAAGUGUAAGAAGAAGAAAAGGUAUUAGUACUACAUUCAAAUGAAAUUUGUCUGUACUGGUCUUAAUUUUCUUAAAAGAAAAAAGAAUCUGUUUUCCAGUAAAUGACAAAUUUCAUGACUUUCUUGUCUUUUUUGAAAUAUAUAACAAUAUGACAUUAGAUUUGCUAUUCAGUUUUUGUCUUGAAUGACAAAAACUUAAAAUUAAUAUAAUGUACUAGGUUUCAUAUUUGUAAUGGUAUUGUUGACACAUUGUCGGUAAGAAAUACACUUUGAGUUGUUAUAUUUUACUACUGAUGAUGAAAUGCACUAAACUGUUAAACAAAAGACACCCACUGAGCACUUACGGAUAAGGUACCCUGUUCUGCUGGAUUGUUGGUGAUACUGAGUGGGGGGACUUUCUGAAUGAAACUGGUAUAAAUAUUUAGGAGUUUCACGUUCCUAACAAAAUGGAAUAAGCAGGCUUUAGUUUCUUUUGUUAGUAACAUUUUAUUUUUUUGUCUAAAUAUGUUGUUUCUGAGCCUUACUGUCCUACAGUUUUAUCUCAUAAAAUGAGGAUAUGUGAUAGUGUUACCAAAGGAAAGAUGAUUAUCAUGGGACUAGUUUUUGGAUGUUCCCUUUUUAUAUGAAUGUAUAUGAAUAGGAAUACCUGCCUCUUUACUUCUCACUUAUUAGUUAUAUUUCAUGAAAAUUAGUUAGCUAUGACAGUAUUUAUUUUUUGCCAGCUGGGUUUGAGAGGGUGUAUUUGACGUAUUUAAAUCUUGAUAACAUAAGAGAAUAACAUUUCAUUAAUAUAUGAUAUUUAAUAUUGUCAAAUCAAGUUUCCUAUUUCUGGUUAAUUUAUUUUUAGAAAAUAGACUACAUGUAAAAUUAAUAGUUUAUUUGGGCUUAUUUUUUCAGUAGCUCAUUGUAAACUCACAUAAUGAAAAUAUUUACUAAAACUAAUUGAAAGAAUCAUGCAACUUCAUUGGGAGUUACCAAUUUAACAAGAAAAGCCAUGCUUGGAUAUUUCUUUUACAUAUUGCAUAGCACUUAUAAAUAUUUAUUAUUUUAGAUAAUAAAGACUUUUUAGCAAAAUGAGUACAUUUAACUUUCGCUUACAAAUAUACAAAACAGUAGAGUUUUAAAUAUAAAUAUUAGUCUAUUUUUAUCUGAUCAACAUGAAAACCUGAAUUCUGCUUGAUGUAGUUCGACCUGUAUACUUUCAUGUACUUGAAUAUUUAAAGAAGGUGACUCUUUAUUCCGUUUAAAUUUGCAUUUUUGUAAUUUUAGAUCAUGCAAAGAGAAAUAUGUUUCUAAAUAAAUAGAAAAUGAUAUAUAUUUAAACACAUUAACUUCACCUCAACCUUUUCAGUUCUUACUACAUUACAGUUUAUCUAAGCCCUAAAGUAUUAUGAUGGGUGUUACAAGAAACGUAUACAUAAGAAUUGUCUUAGCAAGUAAGAGUGGCAUAUUUGAAGAAAAUCAUAUUGAAGUACAGUUAUAUGAACUACAAGGAAUUCUUGUAACUUCUUUCAUUGUAGCCAGGAAUUACCUCAAUAUCAACUUUAGAAAGUAACUUAAUUUGAACCAACUAGAAGGCAAAUUCACGUAUAUACUCUGGUGUCUUUUAUUGUUAGAAAAUAUAGAACUUCCCUUAAAAUGUUAUAUCAUAUACAGUCCUAUAUAAUUUUAAAUUAUCAAUUUUCUCAAUGUAUAUCUUUGAGUUAAAAUUAUUUCUUUGCCUUAAAGGGUUUUUUAUUUUUCCAGUUUAUUUCUCCCUUCUCAAAAUCUAUUUUUAAGUAUGUAUGUACAACAAGAAGCUUGGAAUUUGAGAACAAAAUCAAUCAUCUUUUUUUCUCAUUUUCAUUAAUUUACUUUUAAUGAAUUUCUGUAAUGCAUCAGACAAUAGAAAAACAAUUGAAAAAAAUUGCUUAGAAUUAAAAUGGUGAAAAAGAUGAGUGCAAAGCAUGCCCUUGAAAUCUUUGCUAAAAUGAUGCACCUUUAGCUCUGGUAUCAAAUAUGUAACUGUUGAGACAAGUAUUUCACCUUUGAAAUCUUAGCAUUAAAUGCAAUUGUUAUAAGAUAUGCAGUAACUAAUUUAUUGUAACAUGAUUAAUAUAAAAUUAUGAUGCAGUAAUGUUUUUGGUUACCUUCUUACAGAAAUAAAAGAAAAAGAUUUAAGAGUUAUUACACUUUCUGUAGCACUAUCCAGAUGCAAGGACAGUGUACACUGACAUGUAGUCAACCUCUUUCUUUGUAUGGCUAAAUACUAAUGAACCAUGGGUGAUCCAAAAGUGAGAUUUCUCUCUCUUGGUAACACUUUGAAAACUGUAUCCCCAGACUUUUGUCUAGUGCCUACUGAGCAUGCCCACCUGGGUGUCUCUUUAGCAAUGAAAAUUACAUUUUGAAUUUUACCCUAAUUUUUUUAGCCCCAAAUAUUUUCUUCUUUGACCAAUUUGGGCCAGUAUUUUACUAUGGACCAGUUGCUGGAGGGUUGCAAUAAUCAUUGACCUCACUUCGGUGACUUAAUAGAGAACCAUUUCAGUCCCUCUUGUCCAUUCACAUACUUCAACUAUAAGGAAACAAUCUUUGUCAGGCACUUAAAUAAA